GUGUAUUCAAUCAGGAAACUCAUUCUCUCCAGAUGUCACUCGUCAAAGCCUUCCCGAAUUCGUCAUUCUCAUGUCAGGCCGGAAUGAGAUUCUCAUGUCAGUCAUGCUAAAUGGAUGAGGGACGGCAGCUGUCCUCGUCUUGUGCGUCAUCAGGCGUCAAGCAGCAUUGAUGAGAGGAAAAGCCCCAAACUUACCAUUUCCACACGGGAUGGGAGGAGAUGCCAUGGCUGACUUCAUGCAGUGUUAAGAUAAUACAGCCAUCAUUUAUUCAUCAAGUUGUGCAAUCAUCAAACUGUGAUGUUGAGUGGGACGACUUUAAAAGUUAUCUUACAGAAUGCCCGGCACCCACUGCAGUUGAGUAAAAAUUUUACGAUAUGGCGAUACCUCAUUAUUAUCUUGUAAAGGUAUCAUUUUUGUGUUGGAUCUGAUGUUACCUUCCUCCUCCCUUGUUUGUUGGAGCAAGUGUCUCCAUGUUUGGUCUCCAGGGGGAGCUCGGGUGUUCCCGUCCCAGCCUGGGUGCAUCCCACCCGGGGAACUUUGCCCCAUAGAGAUCAUUGCUCUGCGAAAGGCAGGGCGGGAAGAGAAGAGGCAGAGGCAUCAUCACCUGCAGCUUUUCUCCACAGCGGACCAUCCUUUUCCUUCUCGGCUCCGUGAUUUACGAGAACCGCAUUGGCGUCAGGUCCUGCUCCCGCCCGGUGGACCUUCUUCCGGCUCGGAAGGACAACGAUGCGCAGUCAAGCGGGAGCCCCUUGCGGACUGUCGCCGUGCACUGCCGCCGGGUUGUAGCGCGACGUGCGGCGGAUGUUCGCUGUGUCCCGGCCGCCCACGUAGACCGAAAUGCCCGUCAGGAGGAACCGAUACAACCUGGUGGACGACGUGGCGGACUCCAGGCUGCCGCUGCACAACGAGGAGGCUUACCAGCAUGGGAUCUCCUUCCAAGCCAAGUACGUGGGGAGUCUGGACGUGCCACGGCCCAACAGUCGCAUGGAGAUCGUGGCGGCCAUGAGGAGGAUAAGGUAUGAGUUCAAGGCCAAGAACAUCAAGAAGAAGAAGGUCAGCAUUGUCGUGUCCGUGGACGGCGUCAAGGUGCUGCUGAGGAAGAAGCCCAAGAGGAAGGAGUGGACGUGGGACGAGAACAAGAUGCUGAUCAUGCACGACCCCAUUUACAGGAUCUUCUACGUGUCACACGACUCCCAAGACUUGAAGAUCUUCAGCUACAUCGCCAGAGACGGCUCCAGCAACUCCUUCCGAUGCAACGUCUUCAAAUCUAAAAAGAAGACGCUGGCCAUGCGCAUCGUGAGGACGGUGGGCCAAGCCUUUGAGGUUUGUCACAAGCUGAGUCUGCAGCACGCCGAGCAGGACGCUGACGGCCAGAGUGACAAGUCCACGGAGGAGUCCAGCUGUCACGGCCGGACCCUGACAGGGGCAGAGCGAGGGGAAGAGGAUCAUAAAGGAGGACGAGGCCAAGAUGAAGAAGAAGCACCGGCUGGCGCGUCUCUGUGUGAAAAGACCCUCAGUGGAAUCCUUCAGAGUCUGGCGGAACUCAGCGUGGUCAAACCAGGACAGACCAUCAUGGACUUUGAUGGAAGGUCUGUGUUCACGGUGACCUCCCAGGGUGUCACUCCCAGCAGCCCUUGCUCCACCUCCCUGACGCCGCUGGCCUCUCAGCACUACCUUCAGCUCCUCCAGCAGCAGCUGCAGCAGCAGCAGCAGCACACGCAGGUGGCCGUCGCACAGGUGCAGCUGCUGAAGGAUCAGAUGGCGGCGGAGACAGCGGCUCGCAUGGAGGCGCAGGCUCGCGUUCACCAGCUGCUCAUGCAGAACCGAGACCUGCUGCAGCACCUAGCCUUGCUGGUCCAGCAGCUCAAGGAACUGGAGGAAGGACCCUCCACUACGGCGCUACAGCCAGGACCGCAGGGAGAGCAUCAGUCACCCCGGGAGCCUUCAGUCAACGGAUACAUUGUUUCGACAUCGACGAGGUCGCUGUCUCUCAACCUGAAGAACCGCUGCAGCCAGACGUCGGAGCAGCUCAUCACCUCCACGCCUGCGUGGCCGCCGCACGCCGCCAUCACAGACGCCCUCGCCGGGGCCGAGUCCUUCCUGCUCAGCCUGGAGAACAGCCGCAACGACACCGAGCUGUCCGACCCCUUCAUCAGGACCAACGGGUCUGCUGACGACAGGGAGUGCGCUAACGAGUCCAACGAAGUGGUCCCGUUCACGCCCAAGAGCUCGGCCAACGUGGAGGAAAAAUGGAAGCAGACGAUUCCCAAGCUGGACCCUCCUCCGCCCUCCAUGAACCGCAAGCGGUCCAGCCGGACCUUGUCCCCGGGCUCCGAAGGGUUAUCUCCGCCAGCCCCCGCCGACAGCUCGCCAGUUAGCGUCCCCCCGGCGAGCCGCAGCAGCAGCCUUUCCUUCCCAGACGUCACCCCCAGCUCGCUGUCCUCGGCAGACUUCCAGUCGUUCAGCGCCGGCGAGAGCAGUUCCGGCUCGGCCAGCGAGGACUCGGGCGUGCGCUCUGAGACCAAAUCCUUGCUCUCACCUCUGCAGGGGGACUACGACGGCGUGUUCGGGGAGCGUGGGACCUUUCUGACGGCCUCCAGUGGCUGUGAGAGUCCUCAGGAGGAGCCUGAGUCCUUUAGUUCGCCUUCACACCUGCACCCGCCCUCCUCGUCUUCACCCACGAACGACACCUGCCUCCAUAUCAGCUUCUCUGAGGACGAGCUGCUGGACAACUGCCAGGAGGAGAAAAGCGUACCGCAGCGUAGUUAGGGGACACGUUUACCGUACUUCCACACACAUUUGCACCGCUUUGUUAGUUACUGCAUUCAUUCAAUCAAUCAUCAACGGAUGUAAAUCUUUGUACAGACGCUAGCCGAGGGACACAUUUAGUAUUUUUAUAACAAAAACACAACACAACGUGUAGAGAACCUUACACUCGACUUCAUAGCUUUGGUUUUAGAAUGUCUUCUUGAUGUUGGGAGAAGCCUCGGCCCCUGCAAAGCACCUGAUUGGAUGAUAGACAGGCGGAACCAGGAAGUCAGAUGAUAGGGAGGACACAAAGUAAAAUGGACAUGCUUUCAUGCUUUAUUAUGUCGACGUGAUGUGUAAACAUUCCGUAAAUGGAAUAUUAAGCAGCUUGACAGAGUACACAGAGUUGCGGAAAAUACUUGAAAAUGGAGAUAGAUGUGCAGGUGAAAAGCGUCCGAUGCUUUUCUUAACGUCACUUAAUGACCGAGAGCUAAAGGGGGGAGCAAUAAUAAUAAAAAGGUAUAGAAUUUGAGUGCUUUUUCUGGUAUUUAUUUGGUGCAAGAUGUAGCAAUACUCAUAAGUCACCUUAAGUUUUGAAAUAUUUAGCACUUUUUUACAUUCAAGUACAACCAAAAUCAGUAUGCAAUAAGCCAAGGGUAUCCAAAGUGCAGCCUGAGGGCCAUUUGCUGCACAUAGUUUUUUUUUUAUAAUUGGCAGCAAAACAAAAAUAAAAUUGACCAAGAAUCACCUAAACUGGCAGCGUUACUUACUAUUGCGUUAUUACGUUAUUAUUACGUGACAUUGAGAAUAGCUGUACACUAGAAUAAACAAACAAGAAGCCUUAAAAAAAUCCUAAAAGCCACCAAGUGUCCAAUUAGUCACAAAACGACAGUCAAUUCUUUCCCUGCUCUUUUCUUUAGAACAUUAACCAGCGUCAUCUUCUUGCCCUUUUUACUCCUGACAUCAAUUACGGUUCCUCGCAUCCAAAUGUGACAUUAAAAAUUCAUGCCUCUCAAAUUCUUCCCCCUCAAAGGACACAAAAUGACUUUUUGUUCUCUCUGCUCUGCAGCACGCCGCUCUUGUCAAACGUUUGACUGUCUUUUUCUUUUCUUUUUUUUAAAUAAUUACCACUCACGGUGCGUCUGCCGCUGCCUUGUCUUGUCAUAUAUUUCAAGAAUGACAUUUUGACAAAUAGGUGCACAUCAAUCCCUCGUUUAUGACGGGUGAUCUGUUCCAGACCCAGCCGCGAUCAGUGAAUUUCCGCCAAGUCAGAUUCAAUAUUAAUAAAUUGAAUAUUUGUAUUAUUUGGGCAUAUAAAAUCUGUUUCCAAUCCUGGAAAUAGGGUUUUAACAUUAUUAGAGCCCUCAAGACAUGACAUAACACCCCUAUCGUCACCUUUGCACUUGUUUUAGCCAAUAUAGCAGAUGUGAUCAGAGGAAAUAUGACACCUAAAACUAGCGGUUCUUUGGCUUUUUUUUUUUUGGGACAGCGUACUUCCUUGCAGCUUUAACCCACUAUAGUAGACCCAAUUAGAGUAAAUAAAAAAACUCCCACUCGAGCAGUGUCACAGUGAAUGUGUCCCCUCGGGAACCCUGGUGAUCAGUCUAGUGUGUGUCUCACUGAACACCGCCAUCUAGUGGCCAAUGUAGAAUCCAGUACUGUACUACAGUCCCAAGUACAAUGCUUCUUCUGCCUUGUAUUUUAGUUCAUGUAGCCAUUUUAUGCUUGAAAAUGCUUCAUUUAGGCCAAAAAUAGUAAAAUUAAUAAUAAUAAUAAAUAUUAAUAAUAAAUUAAUAUAACAUUUAGGCCAAAAGUACAAUUUGCUUAUUUGUUUAUUUUUAAAAUAAAUAAUAGGUCCCGGUAUACAGUAUCGUUUUUCAGAACAUUAUAGACUGACGCAUCCUCCGAAUCACUAGGGGGCAGCAACUCUUGUUAACACACUGCCAGCACCUUUGAAACACGAUUAAAAUUGAAGUUGAACACAAUUUCCGGCCAAAUGCGGGCCGUAUUAACCUUAGCUAUUGUUAGCAUAAACUUAGUUUGAGAGUUAUUCAACUGGGGAUGGUGAGUUCAGCAAUAAAUAUUAUUUUAAAGUGGUAGUUUGUGAGUUAUUCAACCGGAGAUGGUAAGUUCAGCAAUAAAUAUUCUUUUAAAGUUAUUUUCGGUUGUAGCAAUGUUAGCUAGCUAUGCUAACAGUGCUAACCAUCGACACAGACAAUAGCCGAGCCAACGUCAACGUCGUGCCAUAUUGGAUAGGUCUGAGUGCGCGUGUGAACGUAUAAAUGAGAGGAAUUAACUUAAGUUGCUUAUUAGAAACGUAUUCAUUUUCAGCGCAGCUUUGACACAUCCAAUAUGGCGGCGUCGUUGACGUAUAGCAGCAGUGGACAAACCCACUUGGUGCGAUUGUGCAGUCGGAAGGCAUAAGAGGUUUGCUAUUUUUUUUGUUUUUAUUCAAAGAUAGAUGUAUUAUGGCUCUAAAAUGUAUCCCGAUCAUAGACAGGUGCUUAUGUUGUAAGAUGUGUUGUUUAUCUUUCAAAGCAGCGUGUGCACUUUAUGUAACCACUCUCACAGCUAUUGUUACACUGGAGCCUUGAAGGAGACCAACGUGCUUUCAUUCCUUUUGCAUGGAAAUGAUUUCCUCUCCGGCUGAGUGGAGGCGAAGUAAUACUCGAGGCCCGGCUGGCGUCCACCCACGACUUUCACAAGCUUCCCU